AUGGCGGCGGGUCCCGGGGGGGUCCGUCUCCCUGUCCCCGGGAGCUGCUCGGUCCCCGGGGAUCACAGCCUGAGGAGUGGCCCCUAUGAGCCCCGCCGGAGCACCUCUCCCCAAAAAAAAAAAAAAAAAAAAAGGGUGGCGGUGGGGGUUUGCCGUUAUUUCCAGAGAGUGGCUGGAAAAUUCCUCCCCGAGGCCUUCUCUGGAGAGCGGGACCCUGCCCUGGCGCUGGGAGCUUGGGUGAGGGUUUGCAGAGGGCUGUCAUUUGGAGAGAUAUCGAUAUGCCGGGAUUUGCCCAACAUCGAGGUGAUCACGUUCAGCGUGAAUGGCAUCUCGGACCUCGAGCCGCUGAAUCAGUGCCAGAACCUGACCGAACUCUAUCUGAGGAAGAACAACAUUGCAAGCCUAAAUGAGCUCUUCUACCUCAAAAACCUGCCCCGGCUGAGGGUCCUGUGGCUGUCUGAAAAUCCCUGUUGUGGGUCCGACCCCCACCGCUACCGAAUGACGGUGCUGCGUAACCUGCCCAGCCUGCAGAAGCUCGAUAACCAAGCUGUGACAGAGGAAGAACUGUCCCAGGCCCUGAUUGAUGGCGAGGAGAUCACGGCCCCACCAGCCAAGAGGAGCGUGGAGAACGGCUGCCCUGAGCCCGCCGGGUCCAGCGCUGCUGAAUCCACCGCGGAGACCGAGAGCCAGCUGCUGAGCUUCAGCCUGGAGGAGACAAACAAAAUUCGAGAGGAGCUUGGUAUGAAACCUGUUCCCAGGGAUAAAUUCUCCUCCUUUUCACCUCGAGAGACUGACUGCAACCGAAAGAAGAGAAACAACGUCCUGAAUGCCAUCCUGCUCCUCAUGAAGGAACUGGACGCGGAGGGUCUGGAGGUCGUCCAGCAGACGGUGGGGAGGAGGCUGCAGGCCUUUGGGAAGAAGGAGCUGCAGGAGGAGUGACGGUGCCCAUUUCCAAACCUCCCUGGAGCACCACCUGGCCCCAGCCCCUCAGCCCCGUUCUCCCCACACAUGCCUGCCUGCCAAAGCCUCAGCGCUUCCCGCUGCGCCUCCCUUGUGGAGGGGCUGGGCUGGGGGUGCUGCUGGCUGUCCCCGUAGCUCCUGACGUGUCCCCUGGCUGUGUACAUCAUGCCGGGGGCUGGCAGCACCCCGUCUGGCUCUUGGCAACUUUCAUAGCAGGCUCCCUUGGGGUUUGCAGCUGGUGUCACUGGGGCUGUUUGAUGGGAGCUGCAGGGCCUUGGGCAAAAAAAAGCAAGAGCUGCCGCUGUGCUGGGCCAUGGAAGGGGGGUGGCAAAGCCUGCUGGUGGCUAGAAAGGUCACCGCUUGUCGGUGGCUCCCUGUCAGACUCAUCCUUGGCCAGCCUCUCUCUCUCUGUGUGUGUAGCAGACUCUGAAGGCAGUUUCUACCACAAAAGGUUUGUUUUCGUGAAGUCUGUCGGGGAGACGCUGCCUGAAGCCAUCACCAAGAACUCUCUGGUGCAGAUUUGUCAAGGUCAAUGUCAAAUUCUUCAUUUAUCUUCAGCUCCUGACUACUUCUGGUCCUCCUCAGCGCGUGCAGCAUCUGACUGGGCGGUCAGGCGGCCCAGAGAAAAGCUCAGUGCAGCCCAGGUGAAAGAGAAGUGAUUCUCUCCCAGCUCCUGAGCACUCAGCUGUACUCUCACCCCCUCCACGUGCCCCUGCAGGCAUUAGAGCAGCUUAAGGAAACCACGUCAGAGUUAAAAAAAAAGUCCCUGGGCAUUUUGCAGUUAGGAGAAGACAAGCCAAGCAAUACCGUCCGGUUUGCGCAGGCAUCAGGGCUGGCGUUGCUCUUUAACUGAAAAAAGCUGCAUUUACUGAGAAUUGCUGUUGAAUGCAAACGAAAACGUUGUGACAUACCAAAUAAAACCAGUGAUCCCUCUA